AUGCCCGGAACAGUGGCUGAUGGGCCAACAGUGGCCAUGUCCUUUGCCAACAAUUUCUGGGGAAAGGAUGACGCAGGUGUUGGGCCCAUGCUUGAACGCAUGCACACUGCCAAAGUGUCUUGUGAUGAACUCAAGACGUUCUAUAACAUCCGGGCUGCCAUUGAAGAGGAAUAUGCGCGCAAGCUUCUAGCUCUUUGCCGAAAACCCCUUGGGUCGACAGAGUUGGGCUCCCUUCGAUCUUCCUUCGAUGUUGUUCGCGGUGAAACAGAGGCAAUCGCCAAAGCACAUGGAGCUAUAGCAGGACAGAUGAAAAGGGAGCUGGAAGAGCCAUUGGUAGCAUUUGCUGGUGGAUCGAAGGAGAGAAGAAAGAUCAUACAAACAGGGAUCGAGCGCCUGCUGAAAACCAAGAUGCAGCAGACCCAAACAGUUAACAAGACCCGGGAUCGAUAUGAGCAAGACUGCCUAAGGAUCAAGGGAUACCUCGCCCAGGGACAUAUGGUCAUGGGACAGGAAGAACGCAAAAACAAAGCAAAGUUGGAGAAGACGCAGAUACAGCUGGCCUCCAGCAGCAGUGAAUAUGAAGCUGCUAUUAAAGUACUCGAAGAAACGACUGGUCGCUGGAACAAAGAAUGGAAAUCAGCCUGUGACAAAUUCCAAGACCUCGAAGAGGAAAGACUCGACUUUACCAAGAGUAGCCUGUGGGCUUAUGCGAACAUUGCAUCUACUGUUUGCGUUAGCGAUGAUGCUUCGUGCGAGAAGAUUCGCCUUUCUUUAGAGAGCUGUGAGGUUGAGAAGGAUAUCAUUUACUUCAUCAAGGAAAGGGGGACUGGUCAAGAUAUCCCAGACCCUCCCCGAUUUAUUAAUUUCUGCCGGGGUGAUAUUAACGAUACGAGCUCCGAGGUCUCAGAGGAAGAUGGCUUCUCUGUAGCCCAAUUCCAGCGCACAAUCAAUCCGGCGUUUCGCAGUUCUUCCCCGCAACCGUCGACUUAUGAAUCACAUCACGACCCACAGUCAGACCUGGCAAGUAAGAUGGCUCAUAACAACCCCCCUACACCUACGAGCAGGGAAACUACCGUCACUCCGCAGAAACCGACGCAACAGCCAGCGCCCUUGGAUCUUCGCCGAGGUGGUCAACUGCCACCAAACUACGACCCCAGCGAGCAUGGAGAAAUUGGCAGUGUGCCUCACAAUGCGUAUCCAACGGAUGGUAUGACCAUGUUCUGCAGGACUGGACCUCCUUCUGAGCGGAGCUCUGGCACAAAUAGCGCCUACCGACCAUCGAGCCGUGAUUCCCAGAGUGAGGUCUCUAAUCCGACGUCGAUGUCUAGUCAGGAACCCCCCAGCGCUAGACAAUCCCCAACAAAGCCGACAAAUGGCGUGCCACUUCACGGGAUGGGGACAGACAAACAAAUUCAGAAGAAGAGGAGCGCUUUCUUCAGCAACAGCCCAUUCCGACGUAAGAGUCGCCAUGACAAGGAGCGGAACUCUGGCCCUUCACAGCCAUCUUCUCGUGGUACAUGGGAUGCGUCAAAGCCAUCGAGCCCAACCAAAGCUCCUCAGCCCCAGUCACCAAUUGCUCCUCCUGGAAACGAUCAGCUAUCCGCUAGUCCUGAGCCGGUGGACCCGAGAGCCAAUUUCCAGCUUAAUGUCGGCAACAAUGUAUUUGACGUGGCAUCGCCUGAUAAGGAGAAAAAGAAGGCACCUCAGACGGCAAAGAGUGCAGAAGAAGAGCUUGAUCCAAUCGCACGUGCCCUGGCUGACCUGAAAGGCGCGGGCAAACAGCCCACCACCCGGAUCUCUGCCGACAGAUAUCAUGGCAUUGCUACCCCAAAUCCUUCAGCCCCUAGUUCGAAUUACAGCAGCGCAUCUGUGGCGACUCCGCCCCCGGCAUAUAACGACUCUUCGGUGAAACGUCUCGAUGCCCCCCAGCCUGCAUUCACGUCCGCUCAAAUGCAGAAGACGACGCAGAAGUACACCGGACAAGCACAUAACAUGCUCCGUGGUAAUGGCAACACUGGCCUUGCAACUAGAAACCGUGCACAAUCCCAAGAUAUACCUCGUGCCAGAUCUCCUACCCCAAGACGGAGCGCAAGCCCUCAAGUCAACAGCCCCCGUAUAGACACCCGCAUGGGUCAGUACAGCAGAGGCCCAAGCCCGAGCCCCAGCACAUACCAAUCCAGCAGUAUGAGAAGUCGCUUCAGUCAGUCACCGACUGUCUCCACCCCGCCUCAGCGGCCAGCUGAUGCAGCAUACUCGCCCCAUGAGUACACAAGGCGAGCUUCUCCAAAUCCCAUGAGCCGUGGCGUUUCACCGCAGCCACAGUUCAGGCAACAAGCCCGUCCCUCGAGUGCUGGAGGUAUGGAGUUGCAGCUCUCCAACCAAGUCGACAUGUACGGUGGUGGCCACGGUUCGCCAAGACAAGCAGGAAGACCAGGGUCCUUCUAUGACGCGGGAAGCCAUAGAAGCAGGUCCAGGAGCAGGACUCUGGCCGUUGCAGAUCCUGGAAGACAGUUCAGCCGGGAUGGUCGCCCCAUUCUUCACUUUGCCCGAGCGAUGUACAGUUAUACCGCUGCAAUUCCCGAAGAGCUGGGUUUCACUAAAGGUGAUGUUCUAUCGGUCAUUCGACUUCAAGACGACGGCUGGUGGGAAGCCGAAGUUACUACCACCCGUGGACGGACCGGUUUGGUCCCCAGCAAUUACUUGCAAAUUAUCUAAAUAACGUCCAUUUCAUGAACAACAGCCUGGGUACAGGUGAACGAUGUUUAUUAUGUGUUCAUGAUGUAGAUACGGAUAUACACGACUUCUAUGGGGUUUUCUAUGUUCUUGGUGCACAUGUUUUUCCUUCGUGUUCCAAAUUGCUUACGAUUGAUAUCACCCGGUUGUUGUUUUUGACUUGACCCAUACCUUCUGUUUGCCUUCACCCUCUUUGUCCUUUGGAUUUUAAUUUCUUGAGAAGCCAGCGUUCGUUCUUGGUUUGGUGUCUAUUCCUGUAUCUUAACAACGACAGAGGUAGAUGUCCCAGGACUAUCCCAUGGUUCU